AUGGAACAAAAUGAAGACGAUGCACUUGAAGUUUUAUGCCUAAAUGAAGAAGAGCAGAUGGAAGUAGAAUCCCAAGAGAUUGAUAUGCGAGCAAUCAACGACAUGUUGCAAAAUGGUCCUCAAUCUAGAAUGGAAUUUCAAAGUAGGGAAUGUCUCUUUGCAGCAUAUCAAGAGUAUGCAAAGCAUAAAGGGUUCAGUGUAUCAACUAGAAAUGUACAAAAAGAGAAAUAUCUCAUGAUCUCAUGUGAUAGGGGCCGAAAGCCAAAUGUUAUCAAGCAUUUGUCAAACAACAUGAAGAGACAGUUAGAAGCACGUGAUAUGGCGGGCAUACGAGUAUGUAAGAAUAUAAGAUUGCUCGAAGUUCUUGCCGGCGGACCAUCUAGCUUAGGAGCGUCAGUGAAAGAUUGUAGAAAUUUUAUUGAUCAGAGAAGACGACUAAGACUUGCCGAAGGUGACGCAGCAGCCAUUUAUAAUCUAUUUAAGAGGUUGCAACAACAAGACAGGAAUUUUUUUCAUCUCAUGGACCUCGACGACGAUAAUAGACUCCGCAAUGUGAUGUGGAUUCAUCCUCGUAGCCGAGCUGCGUAUGAGGAAUUUCAUGAUGUGGUGAGCUUUGACACUACGUAUCUUGUAAAUCAGUACAACAUGCCGUUCGGAACCGUAGUUGGAGUUAACCAUCACAAUCAAUCCAUUCUACUUGGAUGUGCUUUAUUCACGAAUGAGCAUGCCGAAUCAUUCAAAUGGUUUUUUACAAAUUGGUUGGAUGCAAUGGAAGGUGUUCAACCGACGACAAUUUUGACCGAUCAAUGCGAAAGCAUUAGAAUUGCUUUGAGAGAAGUUAUGCCAGAUAGCAUUAAUCGGUUUUGUCUUUGGCAUAUUGUUUCCAAGACCAAUUCCGAUUCUGAUUUCAAUUCAAUGUUAUACCAUAGUUUAAGCAUGGACGAGUUUGAAAGCAGGUGCGAUGAAUUUUUAACUGAACAUAGUUUACAUAACAACAAGUGGUUGAAGGACUUGUAUGGUGAAAGAUAG